AUGUCUGUUUUCUUAAGGUCAGUGCCAAUUUGGCUUCAAGUUCAUAAUCUGGACUUAAAAUAUUGGGGCACACGUUCGUUAUUCAAGAUUAUUAGUCAGCUGGGCAAGCUUAUUAGAGAAGAUUUGGCUACUAAAAAUAGGGAUUGUUUGCAGUUUGCUAGAGUGCUGGUGGAAGUUAAGUUGUCUCAGUCUUUUCCCUCUUCCAUUAGUUUCGUUAAUGAAAAAGAUGAAAUGAUUCGACUAGAUAUUCACUAUGAAUGGAAGCCAUCAUUGUGUUCAAUAUGUAAAGGAUUGGGGCAUGAAGAUUUGGAGUGUCGUAAGCAUCAACAACUUAAGAUUCCGGAGAAAGUUAAAUCAAUGUGGCAGCCUAAGAACAUAGCUCCAAUCUCUGAGCCUGGUGGAUCAUUUGGUCCAAGCACUCAAGUUAAAGAUACUAUUGUUAAGGCUCAGAUGCAAUGGGAGGGGGAGUGCCUCUGGUUUCUCAUGGAUAGAAUCUUGUGUUGGAAUGUGAGGGGUCUGAAUAAGUUGCAAAAGAAGCAGGAGGUUAAGAAUUUCAUCUGUAAUAAGCAUUUAGGUUUGGUUUGCUUACUAGAGACUAGGAUUAAAAGUCCAAGGCUGGGUCAAUUGUAUUUGUCGUUGUUUCAGGGAUGGUGCAUAACUUCUAAUUUAGCUCAUCAUUCUGGGGGCAGUAUAGUUUUAGCUUGGAGACAGGAAUCCUUUGAUGUUAAUAUUUUGUCAUGCAUAGCUCAAUGUAUCCAAUGUUUCAUUCAGCCGAAAAGGAGACUUGGUUUUCAUGCUGCUUUUGUGUAUGCUUUUAAUAAAUCUAUUGAGAGAAGGAUUUUAUGGGAUAGUUUGAGAAGUAUGAAAAGGAGUAUAACUGGGCCUUGGAUUAUGAUGGGUGAUUUUAAUGCUACUUUGCAUGGUGAUGAAAGAGUUACUGUGAGAGGUCAUAAACUGGGAUGUUUGGACUUCAAAGCUUGCUUGGAUUUUUGUGAGCUUAGUGAUAUUAAGUGCACUGGGAAUUUUUUCACUUGGAAUAACAAUCAAAGUGGUGAUGACAGAGUUUAUCUAAAUUAG